AUGAAAGUGGAAACAUUGCUUCGCAGUGAUGAAAUCGAUGAUCUCGUAUGGUCAGAUGAACCUAUCCAUCGAUCAACUCGAGAUGACAACAUAGAUUUGGAGAAUAUUCCAACCCUUCGAAUCAAUGUUGAAGAAAAAACAUUUGUACCUCUUUACAAUGUUGCUGUUGAAGCUUGGAUUCAUACAUUUGCUGCUGACAUUACUUUAACACAAACAUUUAUCAAUUUGGAAGAUAAACCAAUCGAAGCUAUUUACGUCUUUCCAAUCGAGGAAAAUGCUGCUGUCUAUGCUUUAACAGCUGAAAUUGAUGAUCGUCUGAUUAUAGCCGAAAUUAAACGGAAAAAAGUAGCUGAAGCUGAAUAUAAUGAAGCAAUUAUACAUGGUCAAACAGCAACUCUAUUACGUCAGAGUGCGGAAACAUUGGAUACAUUUAUUAUCAAUGUUGGCGCUAUACCGCCGGGUAAAGAAUGUCGAGUUAUGAUACGAUAUGUAACUGAAUUGGAUUUGAUCGAUGGAAAAUCAAUUCGUUUCGUUGUUCCAUCUACAAUAGCUCCACGGUACAAUCCAGAAUUAGGUCACUUACAAUCACCCGAUAAUACUAAUGCUGAAUAUGUUCAAAGUACUCCUUAUACAAUAUCUUUUCAAAUUCAUGUCGAACGAAACGGCAUCUCUCGCGUUGCUAAUCUGUCUCAUCCAGUCAAUGUUAGUACAUCAUCAGAAUUAAUCAAUAUUUCUACACAAGAUGUUGCACUUGAUCGUGAUUUUAUCAUUGAUAUUCACUUGCCUAGACGUCCACCAUCCAUGUUGACUGCUGUUGAACAAUACGAUUCGACGAAAUAUGCUGCACUUACAGCACUAAUUCCUCAUAAUUUAGUCAAAUCUAAUUAUAUGAAAUCUGAAUUCAUCUUUAUCGGUAUGUUUGUGUAG